CAGAUUAAUCUGCAUGGCAUCGACAUCGGACAAAAAAUGGGAAGCGGUCGGACUCGAAUUUUUCCUCGAGUAUUCGCGAGCACAGGGAAACGACUGGCGUGCUUUAUUGAAGUCGACCAAAAUUGAUUUGGCGAUUACUGGGACAAAGAAGAAGAAGAAUCGUGUGCACAGUCGAACGAACGGACAGACACAAUUUAAGAAAAUAGCCGUCAUUUUAUGAAAUACUCAAAACUUCGAGCUACUUGCCAGAGAAAUGAGAGAUCGAUAACCCAUUAGGCAUCUAGCACACAUUUAUUUUAAAUGACUUGAUUCAGAAGGUUAUUGGUUCGAGAGGAACAGUAUGUUGCAUCCGUUUAAUGUGGAUUGAAAACAUAUGAAUGAAUACCUAUACCGUAUACGGCUCUAGUGUUGUCCUUCAUAAUGAGCACUUCUGAGACACGCAGUGAAACUGCUACUUCGGAAGAAGAGGAUUUUAAGUUAAACAUUCCGUAUAAUCUUGAAGAUGUGGCACUUACGUCACCAAACAGCUUUAAAUCGCAGAACCACCCCGCUUUUGAAACUAUAGAUAAAGAGGAAGAUAAUCCCAGCAAUAGCUUCCAGUGUCGGAUCUGGGAAAAUGACGAUGGUUUCAUGGAUGAUAAUAUAUCCGCCUUAGAUGCAGCUGAAUUUUCCGCAAGUACCUUGACUGAUUCAAAUUUACCAACAUCGAUUAUGUGCACUGCAUCGGAUGUGAUAGAUGAGAAAGCAUGUCAACCCAAUAGGCCAGCACCUCUUACGAACACAUUUCAAUCUGAAUUGAGGAACACAGACUUUUUCCAAUUAACCGAUUCACUGAGUGAUGCUGAUGUAGCAUCCACAAUUACCAUUGAAGCUCUUACGAAUUCCAAUCGAAUGCCAGCUUCGCAUGCGUACAACAACAACAACAACAUUGAGCAAGAUAUAAAAUAUUCACCCAGCGAAAUGAUGUUUGAAUCACCGUCCACGUUACAAUGCAAUUACAAUUCACCGCUCCCUCCACCACAUGUACGUCCAUCCAUGCAUCCGCCUGCUUCCUAUGGACAGCCCUUGACGCCGACGCAUUAUGGAAUGAGCAAUAACAACUUUGCCCGGCCCCAUCCACAUCCACAAGCACAACAAUCACUAUAUAGUGAAUACCCGCAUCCAUCCGGUUACCAUCCAAAUAUGUGGUACCCAAAUGCACCAUACGGCUCAGCGAGUAGCUGCUAUCGAACUUACGGUGGUGGCCAUCGGUACCCUAAUUACGGCAGCUAUUCUCACGACCCAAUGCUGGAUAUGCUGCAGCUUUCCAACAGUGGUCGCGAAGCAAGAAACCGAGCAGAGAAAAACAGACGUGAUAAGCUGAAUGGAUCUAUUCAAGAGUUAUCUACAAUGGUGCCACAUGUAGCAGAAUCUCCCAGGCGCGUGGAUAAAACAGCGGUAUUACGGUUUGCCGCCCAUGGUUUGCGAUUGCAGUACAUAUUUGGAGAAAGCCUAAAUCAGAAUCGCCCGCAAUACACGGAAUCAUUAAUGAAAAUGCUGGAUAGGUUUUUCCUAGCAAUAACAUGCCAUGGCCAAAUCGUUCUAAUCUCAUCAAGCGUUGAACAACAUUUGGGGCAUUGUCAGACUGAUUUAUACGGGCAAAAUAUUUUAAAUAUUACCCAUCCUGAAGAUCACAGCAUAAUGAAACAACAAUUAAUACCUUCCAAUGCCAAUGAGCUUUUCGAUACACAGGCCGAUGAUGAGUCUGGUGAUGCACGACCUCGCACCAAAGAGGAGGAGGAGUACAUCGAUAAACGUUUGCGUGCGGACAAGCGAAGUUUCACUCUUAGAUUGGCCCGGGCCGGUCCCCGUUCAGAACCAACUACAUAUGAAAUUGUCAAGAUAGAAGGAAAUUUCAGACGCAGUGAUGCGGCGCCGCGAGGCGUUAAAGUCAGCACAUUUCCCUCCAAUCUACCAAUGAUACGACGUUCCCGUGCUCGCGAUGAUACGAUACCGUUGCACUCAAUAAGUGGAAAUGAUAUUGUGUUAAUUGCAACGGCGCGUAUAAUUCGUCUACCCAAAGUAAUAAACUGCGUCACGGCAGCCAACUCAAUGGAGUACAAAACAAGACACUUAAUUGAUGGCAGUAUUAUUGACUGCGACCAAAGAAUUGGACUUGUAGCCGGUUACAUGACAGACGAAGUACGAGGCUUGAGUCCGUUCACCUUUAUGCACCAGGAUGAUGUGCGAUGGGUUAUUGUAGCUCUGCGCCAAAUGUACGAUUGCUAUAGUUCAUCUGGAGAGUCCACCUACAGACUCAUAACCCGCAACGGUCACUUUAUUUAUCUGCGCUCAAAAGGCUACCUGGAAGUCCAUAAAGAAACAAAAAAGGUGCAUUCUUUCAUUUGCAUAAAUACACUGCUCAGCGAAGAGGAGGGCAAACAGCGAAUUCAAGAGAUGAAAAAUAAAUUUUCUAUGAUUGUAAAUACGAAAAUUCCACAAUCCUCCGUGGAUGAGCCAGCCUCGAAGAAUCCCCAACAACUGGAAAAAGCGGUUCUAUGCCUUAUACAAAACUUACAAAAAUCGCCAAUGGCAGAAGACGGAGAGGAUGAUGGCGACUCGUCCACAGAGAGUUAUGGCAGCGAACAUAUGUCUCCAGAAUUCGGUCCAACAACAUCUGCGGCAGCAAUGCAUCAUUAUAACACCACCACCACCCCUCCAACACUAUACUCAUCGAUACGUGCGGCAGCCUUUCAUUUCGGAAGAUCAGCGAAAACUCCACCGCUUGCGCUGGUGCCGCCCGAAGCUUCUUCCGUCAAAACAUCCAUAUCGAAAGGUGCAGAUGUAGUCAACGUAACUGUAGUUAAGCACUUGCAAAGCAAUACACCAUCACAUUCGAAAGAUACGGAUGACUGUGAGGGUGGAACGCAAUUUGAUUUGCAAGCUGAGUCGGAUGGAGCAGCACCACUUCGCGACAGCUGUUUAUGUGCGGGUAUGAAAGAAGAGUAUUGUAACUAUUGUCAAACACUGGAAAGUCAACUAGCAAGCUGCUCUUCACCUGCGCCUCCUGCGCCUACCACACACGCCACAGUCGUUGGCAUUGCUGCAGACGUAGCUGGAAAUAAGCGCAGUAGCGAACCGAUAUCCGGUCAAGAAUUAAGGCUACCCAAAAAGCGUUUAAAGAGCACAGAAAUCGAGCAUGUGCUUUCAAGCUCAUUGGACCAAUUAGGUAGAACGCUGGAUGAACAACUGAAUGCAGCAAUUGAGCUAAGGGACGCGAGUAAUAAGUACGAGAUGCCUAAUUCCACUCGAAGGAUUGACGAAAUAAUGGAGGAACACCAAAUGCAAAGUAAAAUCUACGUAGACAUCAAAAGUGAAUACGAGGUUCAAAAACAAAAUACGAGGGAAAGCAUGCUAGCCACGACACUAACAGCAUUAACGCCGCUAGCGUCACUUUCAAGUAAUCAACAACAAAUGCCAUUGCAACAACAUAGUGACGAUGAUAAUGAUGAGCAGACGGGGGAAAACUAAAUUUUGUUGCCUACAAAAUGAUGGUGAUGUUUAUUCCGUUGUAGCCAAUGAUGGGUCGAGAUGUAACUGCAUCGAAUUUUUCAUUUGAGGUUUCACACUUUUAUGGCACAUAUAUGUAGAUAACACAGGUUACAGAACGAAAGAUCAUCAAUUCAAGGAAUACAAAAAAUACUUAUGACAAAUGACGCCUCUACAAGAAGCGAAACGGAAAUGAUAUUCUCCACACAAAUCUAUCAAGAUGGUCGGCACUUGGUUGCCAACUACCUCAUUUUUUAUGAAAAUAUCUCUAAAAAUAUGUAGUUUUUAUUUUUUAAUGGAAAAGAAAAGCAGUUGUACAUUUGUAUGCAUGCACUGCAUACAUACAUACAUUGUAGAUGUGUGAAAUGCAUACAUACGUACCAUACAAUGUGAGGGUGCCAUAUCAAUUACGCUUUUGGCAGUGUCUCACCAUAGCGUAUGAGUGAUUUUUAAAUUGCACAUGCAUAUUAAGUACAUAGUUAUGUAUGUGCAUAAAGUGUGUAUCAUACUUCCGCUUGUACUUUUUUCAAGUAGCUUAAAAACGUAAAUGAAUCGGCUUGUGCAGUACACUGGUGCAUACUAUAGUCACUUAUGAGUGUCAAUCCAUAUUAAAUC